AUGCACAACGUCGUGCAUGUUGACGAAAAGUGGUUCUACUUGACAACGGUCAAGGGCAAGUUCUACGUGUACGACGACGAAGUGCUGCCCCACCGACAAGCGAAGUCCAAGAGGUUCAUAACGAAGGUUAUGUUUCUGUGUGCGGUGGCCUGGCCAAGUUAUGAUGUUCAGCGCAACCGCAUGUUCGACGGGCUCAUUGGCAUGUGGCCGUUUGUCGUCAAGGAGCCGGCGCAACGAAGCAGAAAGAAUCUCCCAAGAUGA